AUGAAGCCUCCAUGUUGUGACAAAUCCAACGUGAAGAAAGGUCUCUGGACUGCUGAAGAAGACGCAAAGAUCCUCGCUUAUGUUGCAAUCCAUGGUGUAGGAAACUGGAGUUUGAUCCCAAAGAAAGCAGGCCUGAAUCGAUGUGGAAAGAGCUGUAGAUUGAGAUGGACUAAUUACUUAAGACCUGACCUUAAACAUGACAGCUUCUCUCCCCAAGAAGAAGAGCUUAUCAUUCAGUGUCAUAAAAUCAUUGGCAGCAGGUGGUCUUCGAUUGCACGGAAGCUUCCAGGAAGAACAGACAACGACGUGAAGAACCACUGGAACACGAAGCUGAAGAAGAAGCUGAUGAAAAUGGGGAUAGAUCCGGUGACUCACAAACCGGUUUCUCAGGUCCUUUUGGAAUUCAGAAACAUUAGUGGCCAUGGGAAUCCAUCUGAAGCUUUCGUCAGAAACUUCAAAACAGAGCCAUCUAACAACUCUGUACUCACACAAUCCAACUCAGCUUGGGAAAUGAUGAGGAACACAACGAGCCACGAGGGUUAUUACAACUCUCCUAUGAUCUUUAACAAUCCCGCUUCAUCUGAGUUCCAAGCUGCUCCGUUAUUCCAUCUCUCUACUAGCAACUCAAACCAUCUGCUCAAUGGAACCGCAUCUUCAUGCUCUUCCUCUUCGUCUUCUGCUAGUAUCACGCAGCCAAACCAAGCGGGUCAAGCACCGGCUGCUACAUUCUGCUGGAGUGAUUACCUUCUCUCGGACCCUGUUUUACCUCAGACGCAAGUAGUGGGAUCCUCAGCUACAAGCAACCUCACUACUUUUGCGCAGAACGAAAACUUGAGCAGCCAAGGCGAAUGCAGCUCUCAGAAGAUCGGUUCGAAGGGCUCGGGAACAUGUCGUUCCGCGAGCUCCUUUGUGGAUGAAAUAUUGGAUAAGGACCAAGAGAUGCUCUCCAAAGUCGAAACCUUUACAGCUAUGGCGCUCGUGUUAUCAUCUUCCAUAGUCUCGCCACUAGGAAUCAACAUCGACAUGAAUAAGAAUCUGGGUGUCUCGUAUUCUUCUUUCCCCAAAAUUCACGUCUUCAGGAUUUGUAGUCCACUGCGUAUUCGGAAAUCCGUCGUCUCGAGCCGUAAAAAUUCGGGAACUGGUUUGGCAAGCGAGGAUAAGAAAUUGUUGCUGGAACGAUAUGGUUAUGAUGCCACUGAGUUUGCGACUCAAUCUAAGAAGACGAGGAGAAAAGAAGAGGAAAGGAGUGGAAGGAACAGCCAAAAAGAGGAAGAGGUUGUUGUACAGCCAAGAACAACUCAUAGGUUACUUCAGGUUCUUGCAGGAAGUGCCAAACGAAAGAAAUUGCUUUCUCUUAAGGGAAUGGAUGUGAGACCUAUGAUGGAAGUUGUUAAAGGAGCAGCUUUUGGAAUUCUUCAGGCUGCUGGUGGUUGUCCAACGUCUCUGCGUCCUGGUAGGUGGUUGGAUUUGUACAGUGGUACAGGAUCUGUUGGAAUUGAAGCAAUCAGCCGAGGAUGUUCUGAGGAUUUGACUUAUUCUCCACAGGCACACUUUGUUGAGAUGGAUCCUUGGGUUGUUUCAAAUGUUCUACAACCAAACUUGGAGCACACUGGGUUUGUUGAGGCUUCGGUUAUACACACUGCUCGAGUGGAAAACUUCUUGGAACGUAAAGAUGGAGCAUUUGAUUAUAUCAGCGUUACACCACCGUACAUGGAGGUUGAUUACGAGGUUCUGAUGGAUCAGAUUUCUAAGUCAGCAGCAAUUGGAGAAAAUACAUUUAUUGUGGUUGAGUACCCUUCAAGAACCACAAUGCUUGAUUCAUGCGGAUGCCUUGAAAAGAUGACUGACAGAAGAUUUGGCCGGACACAUCUGGCCAUAUAUGGUCCAAAAUGGGCUCAAAAGCCGAGAAAAUCUUAAAGCCACAGUGAAUCACAACAGUAACAUCUGGCCAUUUUUCGGUUUAAAGGCAAUAAACAGAGGCUGGGAUUGAAGAGCUAGUUUGUUCCAACCUUUAAAUAGUAGAGUGCUUUUAUACAUCAGUCGCCAUUUUGUUUGUUGCCAAGUCCUAAGAUGGAAGAAACAAGUUGCAGUCUUAUGAUAAUUCUAAAAUCGGUAAUCGUCCUGUGUCUUUGUGAAGCAGAAAUAUAAUUGUACAAGUCAGUGUUAAAGUUUCUCCUUUUUUCCAUUACAUAUGGCUUCUUUUGAUGCUCGUAAGGUCUGAGAGAGCAACUUGAUACACAUGAUUUCUAUAUGUAUGUAUCAUAUACAUCAAUAUUUAUUCUAAGCAUUUCUUCUAAUUUAAAGAAAACCUUUGCGAAAGUGACGU